GGUUAGCUUUAUCUGUCCCAUUUGGAGAUUGGUGUCAGUCUUUUCAGAAACGCCUUUGUCCCCACCAGACACACAGACACACAGCUUUAUAACUUAUAUGGAUUCCCCUUCCCACUCCAUAUUAACUACCUGCAGUCAUAAAUUGAAUGUUUAUUUCGGAAGACAGUUCCUGGGGACAAUAUUUAGAUUUUGAGACUCAUCUCCAAAUCAUGGCUGAGUUCUUUGGGAUGCUGGGCUCCACAUCUCAGUCUACACCCAAACCAAGAGACACCUCCACUUCCCAGGCCCAGGCUGAAGGACCCAGCUCUGACCUCGACAGCAGAGGGGAGAGUGGCUCGUUCGGCAGCCUGGACGAGAGCUACGAGCAGCAUGUGAGUGAUGAUUCCGGAAUCGGCGUCUGCAGAAGGGAGCUGGACGCCGAGCUGAAGGGCGGUGACUCCGCCUACUUCUCCGCCCUCAGCUCCAGGGUGGACCAGAUCGGGAGGAGGGCCCAGGACCUGGUGGAGAAGAUUAACAAGAGGCGGGCCACGGACCAGGAGGUCAUGCACGACUUCCAGGAGAAGCUGACCAAGAAGGUGAGUGAGGUGUGCCAGCAGGUGAAGGAGCAGAUGUUCAGCAGCUACGAGGCCAACGGGCGCCUGAUGGAGUCCAGGCUGCUGGAGCUGUCCGAGGUGCUGGGCAGGAGCAGCCAGCUCAUCGCCGACCUGCAGGGCGCCAGCCAAACCCUGGCCGCCAUCAACAAAGGUCUGUGCAAGACGCCCGAGCAGUGACCGCGCCCUCGGCCAAUCAGAGCGCUAGGAGCACCCCCGUACCUGUGGCCGCACCCGCAGCGCUACAGAGCAGCCGCUGACAUAUGCCAGGGUAAUAAAACCACUGCUUUAGAGAGGAGGAGGUUGGUCAGAGCUUGUGUUUAUUAAUAAAACAGCAGUUUAUUGGAGUGUUCCAGCGUCUAUCUGUUAUUAAUCCACACUGCCCUGUCGCAGUUGAUCUCUUUACACAGUGGGUUCG